AUCUUUCAGGAUUUGGUAAAGAGUUGUUUGAGAGUGAUCUUGAUAGAAUUCAGGACCAUCUAGAAAUGGCGAUGGAACGUUUCCCGAUCCUCGCUAGUGGUAACAUCCAGAGUGUUGUUAGUGGUCCUAUAACCUAUUCCCCUGAUCUACUACCAAUCGUUGGUCCAGUACGAGGUCUUCAUAAUUAUUGGUCAGCUUGUUCUUUCAGCUACGGCAUCAUUCAUUCUGCUGGUAUAGGAGAGUAUCUCAAGGACUGGAUCAUGGAUGGGGAACCCCCUUAUGACUUGAUUGAGAUGGAUGCUGAUCGCUAUGGUGAUUGGUGUACCUUUGACUACCAGAAAGCUAAGAUCAGGGAGUCUUAUGGUUUCAACAAUGCCAUAGGAUGGCCUAAAGAGGAGCGUUUUGCUGGAAGACCGACCAAUAGAGUGUCUGGGGCGUAUCAGUUGAUGAAGGAUAGAGGGGCCGAUUAUGGCUUUCAUGCGGGUUGGGAACAACCUCAUUGGUUUUGCUUAGAAGGUGAUGAACCUGGCUACAAACCUAGUUUCCGUAGGACCAACUGGCAUGGACCUGUAGGAAGGGAAUAUGAGAUGGUGAUGAAUAGAGCUGGUAUCAUUGACUUGACACCGUUUGCUAAGUUUACUGUCAAAGGUCCUGAUGCUACCCAACUCAUGGAUGUCGUCUUGGCUAACAAACUUCCUACUGCUGUUGGAGGUUGUGUAGUAGGUCAUAUGCUGACACCCAAGGGUAAAGUAUAUGCAGAGAUUACCAUUACUAAGACAGGAGAUAAUGAAUACUUCUGUAUCACAGGAGCAGGUUCAGAAAUACAUGAUCUCAGGUGGAUGGAGCAGAAGGCUUUUGAGAUGAAACUCAAUGUUGAAUUCUCCAAUGUCACAGAGGAGCAGGGUGUCUUGGGUCUAGCUGGACCUAAAUCAAGAGACAUCAUGGCUGCCCUGACGGACUCGGAUGUCAGUGAAGAAGGUUUUAAAUUCAUGAAGGCCAAGGAUAUAGUGCUAGGUGGUGUAAAGUGCUAUGCUAUUAGAAUUACAUAUUCAGGUGAGCUUGGUUGGGAGUUAUAUCAUGCUCGAUCAGAAACAGCUGAACUCUACCAAGCCUUACUACAAGCUGGUGAGCCGUUUGGAGUAGGUGACUUUGGUCUGUAUACUAUGAAUGUACUCAGGAUUGAAAAGGGAUUCCGUGGAUGGGGAUCAGAGAUGUUAACUGACAACAAUCCUAUAGAGGCUGGUUUAUCUCCAUUCAUCAAACUCAAGAAACCUGCAUCAUUCAUUGGUAAGGAUGCGGUCCAGAAGAUCAAAGAUGAUGGCUUAUCAAGGAAGGUGACGCUCCUAAAGGUCGAUGCGGAUGAUGUUGACCCAGAAGGCAAUGAGACCAUCUGGCUAGAUGGCAAGGUUGUUGGUAAUACUACAUCAGGAUGUUUUAGCUAUCAUUUGAACCAACCCAUCGCAUAUGCAUACCUUCCCAUGAGCCUUCAGGAUGUAGGGUCAAAAGUCGAGGUUGAGCUGCUUGGUACCAAAUGGCCUGCUACAGUAAUACAGGAGCCUCUAGUAUUAACUGAGCCUGUAAGGAGGAAACAGGAGCAGAAACAGCGUUCUAGUUGAUUCCACUAAGCUCACAACAAUCUGAGCUAAUGAAAAUCAAAAUGGACUAUUUUCAUCACAUAUAUUUUUUUGUAUCAGAAACUGAGCUGCCUUGUUACUUAUUACCAGAAAAAUUACGUAGACAUACUUUAUGUAAUGUCUAGCAAUCAAGAGUUGAACUGCAGAAGUUCUUUUCUUGUAACACGCAAUUCUGUAUCACAACAAAAAAGCAAAUAAAAUAACAAUCAAAACUGUUUCUAUCUGUGCAAGUGAGGUUAUCUAAUGUUAAAAUGAACUGCCUUGUUAUUGCCAGGAAAAAUUAUGCAUUUUUUAAUUUAAAAUCAAGAGUAAAAUUGAAGUAUUAUUACACUUUACAAAGUGUUUUCCUGUGACAAUCAUUUUCCAUAUUGUGCAUUCUCUGCUUUUUGCAGCGGUCAAUAUCAUAACAUAUUUCCUCUCUUCCAGGUUUUCCCCUGCCUUUACAUAUAUACUGAACUUAGCAGUGGAUCCAGUUUGUGAAGUAAUGUAGUGUAGAUAAUGCACGGUUUGCUCGCUUUAUACAGUGCAUGAUACAUGUAUUUCAAGCUGAAUAAGCCCAAGCGCAAGAUUUGUAUGCGAUAUGUGUAUGUGCGCAACAUUAAUUAUAUAAUGUGCUCCUGGGCGGUUACAAUUUACGUCACAAUUGAAUAGCCAGAAUUACUUCAUCAAGUUCAUAAAUAAUCUGAAGUCAGAAGUAGUGACAAGCUAACAGGCAUAUAGAUUGUUCCAAAUAAUAGCCUGAAUUAUACAGCUGUAGCUAAUAAUAACAAUAAUAAAAAUAUUGACUGGCUCCUCUUUUGGGAACAUCAAACAUAUUGACCUCAUCUAAAGACUCGGGCCAAUACGAUUCUGUUGCGGGCAAUAUAUUUUACAACAUUGAACUCUUCAAAUCGUCUCUCAAAACUCACCAAUUUCAGCAGAUGUGUAGUAAUUAGCUUAAUUGGAUGAGCCUGCGCCUAUGAAUGUUUUUAACAGAAAUAUGGUGCAAUAUGAAUGCUGUAGAUCAUCAUCAUCAUAUAACUGAUGUUCCCCUCAAGGCCAGUCAAUAUUAUAUAAUUCUUCCAGACCUUUUCCAAUAAUAAGUUGUAUUGUUGAACAACAGCUAAGAAAAUUCCACCGAUUAUUGGACAAAAAACGUGAGAGAGAGAGAAAGACAGAGAGAGUUAGGGAUUGUUUAUUUGCUUGCCUCUCUUAAAUACCAAAGAUUACGAAAGAUAAGUUUUAAAAUAUAUUCAGGUGUUCAAUUUCCCUUUUUUGUGAUAAAUUCAAAUGUAAGUACUUUGUUAUUAAAGUAGUUCUUGAAAGAUCAAAUAACUUUCGAAGAAAGGUAAAGUGAGACUGCACAUGCACAAUAAAAUUGACACUUUUUAUAAUGUAAGUCAGGUUUUAUUCCGUAAGCUUUACAUUUUUCUGAUCUUUCGAUAUGAAAUAAUGAUAUAGCUAUUUAGUUUUAGGUUGAUUUUACACAUAGUCCCUUUUACAUAAUUGGAAAGCAUUUUCUUUAUUGCUUGCAUGUUAGAGUGUCGUCUUGUAAGGUUAUGCUCAGGCUCAGUGAUACAUGUAUGUGGUUUCAUGUUGAUGUAAUUCAUACCAAAGAUGACAACUUCAGUAUUUACUUAUUGUGAAUCUCUUUCCUUUUCCUUUUCUUCUUUAUUUUUUUUUUACAUGUGAGAACUACAUCAUUAUUUUUUAUUAAAACAUGUAUUUUCUACUGCCAAACUGAUUGAUCUUCAAGAAGUCAUUUGCCAAAGUCGAAGCAAUAUUGCAGAUCAGGGCCCUGAAACAUAAAAAAUACAGUUGAUCAAGCGUAACUUAAUGCAUGUAAGUUGGGCAGACCGUGUGCAAAUAUUGUAAAUAUAAUCGAGCGUAUGUAUGUUACACCCCCCCCCCCAGGAUAUGCAUGUGUUAUUUGCAUCUUCUAAAUUGAACAGAUUUUAGAGAUUCCAAGUGAUUUGACUUUGGCAGAUUAGUAUGUAUAAUUAUUGUCAUUACGUGAUAUGUCUUGAUGCCAAGACACAAUUGAGACAUUUCUUGUUGGAACACGCCAUUAGUGAACUUUCCGAUUACUGUUAAUUUUAAUUCCUUAUUUAAUUUUUUUCCAUUUUACCAGUGUUUUUUGUAUAUUAUUUUAUUCUGUUUGAAUAUAGAUAAGAAUAUUGUGCCAAUAUUAAUAUAUAAUUCAUUUUGUGUCAAUUCCAAUUUUAAGAAUAUUAAACAUGAAAUUCAAUAUAAAACAAAGCAUUAAAUCUGUAAAUACCUGUUGGUAUGAACAGUGGAUUGAAAUUGGGUGCAGCUGUUAAAAAAACCAAAGAGGUCUUGCUGCAAAAAUUUUAAAACUUCAAUGAGAGUCAUGUGCACUGAAAGACAGCUUUAGAUGGUGCUUAAAUCUAUUAUAAAAUGAAAUUCAGGUUAUACAUAAAGAUAGACAGUGAAUUCCAGAUUGUUGGUAAAGAACAUGAAGCCUAGAAGAGUAUGUUUAUGUGCUACUUCUUUACCCUAGAAUCAUGAUUAGAAACAUGUUUAGAAAGACGUUUCUGCAGGAUCACGGCUGCGUUUCAUCCAAAGAAAAAGUAAACGUGUUUCAAAUCACAAACAUGAAACACAGAAAACGGGGCAUUUGGAAAGACGUUUCUGCAGAAUUCUGUUUAGAAAAAUGUCAAAUAAACAUAACAGCGAUUUAAAUCAUGCUUCUGUGAUGUCAUAAUGUUGGCCUACUUCUGUAUUCAUGCCAUACUGCGUGCUGUAAGUGGUACUCUUUGCUUUCGUUUCACACAGUAACUGUGCACAUGUAUUGACAAUUAAUGUUGUGUAUCCUUUGUUAUAUGACACCUAGAUAGAUCCUUGUCAUUUGAUUGGUUGUUUGAUAUCAAUCAUUCAGACCAUUUUACAAUGACGUCAUCUUCCGUGCAAUUUUGGAUCCAUUCAUUGUGCAAUUUUGGAUCCAUAUGAUUCUGUCCAUUGCACGUGCGCAUUUAGACUGCAGGCACCCCAAGUAAAAACACUUGUUUGCAGCGUGCGUGUUGUAUGGAACAAUGAGACCGAGCUCACGCUGCAUGAGCAUACUUUGCAUCAAAAUUCAUAAUUUUCAAAUAAAAAAUGAACUUUUUUAGGUGUCAUAUAAAUCAAAUAAUGAAUGUUCUUUUCAUUCGUGCACUGGACGUAAUUCUUCAUUCGAUGAAAGAUGAAAUGACUCGGCUGUGCCUCGUUGAAUGGAUCAUUUCAUCUUUCACCUCAUGAAGUAUCCUGUCCAUUGCACUCCUUAACUUUCAUUAUUUGUAUACUAUUAAACCCACAUUGAAGUUGACCUAUAAUUCAUGGGUCAAACUGUACACUACGAUGCUCACUGGCUAGGCUUGAAGUGAGGGGGGAAACACUGUUGGAGAGAGGGCCGACUAAUCCCUGAUUUUGCUGUUAACAUGAUUUAUUUUUGUGUUUGAAUCAUGAUUCAUGUUUGUGGUUCUAGCCUGUGAGAUCGCAUAAAAGCAGCCUAAGAAUGUAUUAAAAAGCAAUUUCUGUUACACAUUCCAUCUGUGGUAUUGAUUCCAAUAUCUAUUAUUGUAAGUAUGAAUUGCACUUUUCUUUAUCAACAUAUCAGAUAUGUACUUAGGGAGUUCAGUGUUCACAUUUUUAAUAUACGAGUAUUGCACACUUAUAGUCAAUUAACUAAUACACAUUUAAGAUGUUGAAUUGUUUAAAUAGUGGACUAGAAUGGGUUUGAUAAUUCAGAGUGUAAUUAUUCUGUCAACCCUCUGUUGCAAAAUGUAUAAUCAUUUAAGUUUGGUCGGAUGAAUAUUUGACCAGGGGGGUGUUUCACAAAGAUUUAAGUAUGACUUAAGUCGCACUUAAAUGCCAACGCGUACAUGAUAUGCAACGCGCGAUCUUAUUGAUAGAUACGCAUUAGUGCGCGUCUUCAUGACACGAUCUGACCAAUGCGGUCAAGCCUUUCAUACCGUAUGCAACUCAGUAUUUAAGUGCGACUCUAAGUCAUACUUAAAUCUUUGUGAAACACCCCCCAGAUGAUAUUACAGUAACUGAGAUAUGGUAAAAUAAGAGUAUUGUAUAACAUUAGCAAAAUGGAUUGAGGCAAGACAUGGCAAAAUUUGAUGACACCAACAUUUUUAAAAACUGUUUUGUAACAUCUCAUUGGAAAAAUAACCUAACAUAUUUUCAACUCAAUCUUGCUCUUCCAUCUUUCUAUUUUUUUCUUGUAUUGGCUGAAAUCAUGAAAGUAUGCACGAUUUUUCAAGUGAAUUUUAACAAUAAUGAUUAAAAGUGACCUUGAUAUAUCUACACCACUUCUAAUAAAUUGAUUGCCUUUCACAAGUAAUUAAUGAAAGUAGCAGCAUUAAAAUCCACUCUAAAUUUUAAUCUUAUCCGAUGUGAUUUAAAGUGAAUGGAAAUCACUUUUGACUUGCAAUGAUUCAAUCAUGCAUAAAGUAUUAACGUGAUGAUCAGUACUUUGUUUUAAUGUAAAAUAGAGAGAGAGAUGGGGGGGGGGUUACUGGGUAUUUUUUGUGACAUUGGAUGAAGUCCAAUGAAGGACUGUAAACCACACAUGAUGUAAUGUAUUGUAAGAUGUGAUUCAUCAGGUUUUAAUUGCUUUGGGAAGCUUUAGAUUUCUCCUCCAUGAUCAGCCCUGCUGUACAUGAACAAUAAGGGUAAUGCAUCAUGGGCUAGGUUGUGAAAUAUACAACUCAUUGUUGCUAAAAAGAGAGAAAAAUGCUGUCAAAUAUUGUUUUAUAAUUGUGUGAUUUUGACAUGUAUUACUAUGAAAUCCUUUAAUUAUGUUUUGUCGAGGACAUUCAUGCAACUUAAAUCACUCAUCAGCUGUUGUACAUGUAUGUUAUCAAAUAACAAUGUUUUAUUUUCUAUGAAUAAAAGGAAUGAAUAAAAACCA